AGGACUAACUGGGGAUUCAUCUAUUUCACAUCUUUUCCAAAGGGGUCUGCUUCCCGCGCUCGUGAUGCGGUGUUUCGGAAGUGUGACUAUCGCAGAAACCAGCUGACAUUUGCUCAGGACAAUGAUAUAAGAACUCAACUCAGAGCGCAAACUGCAAAGUUGAAUUUGAUCCAACUGUUAUCUGUUACAUGUCCUCUGGUAUACUCAUAUUCUUCGUGGCCGCACUGGCCACAGUUCUCUUCUACAGCCGUCGACACAGUAGAUUGCCACUACCCCCUGGACCAUGUCCAAAGUUCUUUACCGGGAAUGUUCAUCAACUGCCAAAGAGAAAGACUUGGUUGAUGUAUGUCACGUGGGCUGAAACAUAUGGUCCCAUAUUCUCCUUCCGCGUGCCUAACCGGCAGUUCAUAGUCCUCAACUCUCUACAAUCGGCUACUGAAUUACUCGAUUCACGCGCCACUACAUAUUCUGAUCGUCCAAGAUUAUGGAUGUACACACUUGCGAAGCGCAACAUGAUCCAGUUCAACAUGCCUUUCACUCACCCGUAUUUCAAGAUGUAUCGCACAGCCCUCAAAGCCAGUCUGAGUUCCCACACUAUACAAAACUACCAGUCGCUGCAAACCGAACAAUCUCGUAUACUACUUGAUGAUUUGCACAAGAACCCUAAACAUUUCGCCGAGAAUAUCAGAAGGAAUGUAGGAGCCGUUGUCCUUAAUGUCGCAUAUGGUUGGAAGGUCAGCGAGAAUAACGAUUAUUUCAUCGGUAUCCUGCAAGAAGGCAAGGAAGUGAUUGCCAUGCUAUCCGAGCCUGGACGUUGGUUGGUCGAAGCGAUACCAUCAUUGCGUUUCCUACCUUCAUGGUUUCCAGGGGCAGGUUUCAAGCGUGUAGCCUUCGACGCCAGGCAAAGUUUAAGUAAGAUUGACACAACAUUAUUUAACUGGGCCAAACAACAAAUACACAGCGGCAGUUACACGCAUUCCUUCGUUUCAGAACAGCUCCUUCCAGAGGACGGGUCCAUAGUCAGUGCCCAACAAGAAGAUAUCGCCAAGUGGUGCAGUCAGGGGAUCUAUGCAGGGGGAGUCGACACCACAUCAUCAUCUUUGACGUCUUUUAUCCUGGCGAUACUCCUUUAUCCAGAGGUGCAGAAGCAUGCGCAGGCAGAGAUCGAUGCCAUCGUGGGUCAGGACCGAUUUCCCGCGUUCAACGACAGAGACAAGCUUCCAUACAUUGGAGCCCUUGUCCAAGAGCUCCUUCGCUGGGCACCUGUGGCUCCACUAGGGCUCUUUCACCGCGCGAUGAAGGAAGAUGUCUACGAAGGGUACCGCAUACCGGAGGGUGCAACCGUCAUCGCGAACAUUUUUUCCAUAUCACGGGAUGAAAAAAUGUACCCCGACCCAUCAGAAUUCAGGCCUGAACGCUUCCUCGGUUCCUCCCCUCAAUUGGACCCACGCAAGUUCAUUUUUGGGUUCGGGCGCCGUAGAUGCCCUGGGUUGCAUCUUGUCGAUACCUCGUUGUACCUCAAUAUUUCUUGUAUCCUUGCUGCGUUCACGAUCGCCAAACCGUUGGAUGCUAGAGGGGAAGAGAUCACACCUCCUGUAGAGUUCGAAAAUGUUGGUAUACUCUGCCACCCUAAACCAUUUGAGUGCAGGUUCAUCCCAAGGAACAAAGAUUUGCUGGCAACUCUCUCACAAUGAUCAGCACGUCGGCCAACUCCAGUCAAACCCCCAGGGUAUGUAGAUUAUAAGUAGUGCAGUAUUUACAUGAUUGUUUCGUACUCAGGGAUUUCUAGUAGCCAUUUGUACUUUGACCCAUCAAAAAGCUAUCGUUGAACGAUCUCU